AGUUUUCGUUAUAUCUCAUUCGUAAACAACAGAGGUCUCUCGGAGUUUUUGCUUUUUAUGUUUAUUUUUAUCGAGUAUUCCUUUUGGCCUUAUAUUCGUUUCAUUGGGGACGACUUCAUUUGGUUUCCCAGGCGCGCAUUCGCUCUGUUCUGCAACAAAGCAACAACAGGACAGAAGCUUUAGAGGCAAAACUCAAACACAAUAACAAACAACUCACCACACAUUGGUGGCAACUCUCUAAAUUUCAAUGAGGUUCCCAAUUUUGUUUGUAUUAUUUAUAAACCUAUUGCAAUUAUUAAACAUUACCGCGGAGACAAUACAACAGGAUGUCACUUCAAAAGGGAUGUGUACGGAAGAGACAGCGAAUGGAUGUGAGGACAGCAGUAAAGCAGAGUCUACAACUAAUAAUCGAAAUGACGAUGCAGCUUCUCAACGCAUUGUUUCGAAAAUUGAAAAGACCUGGGUGAAAUACAAAUCUUGUUCCGCUGAACCGCAAGAUCCCAAAUGUGAGUGUCAUCAAAAGGUGUGGCAAAAAGAUCUGGAAGUAUUCCAAAAGCAGAGCAUAACGAAACAAAACAUAAAAGAUGCCACCAAAUUUGGCACACUUUACAAAAUUUUCAAUCAAAAAUUGUAUCGAACGGCGGAUUGUUUUUUCCCGGCUCGCUGUGAGGGCAUAGAGUAUUUUCUGUUGAAAAUUGCUCCCUCGUUGCCAAAUAUGGAUUUUGUGGUGAAUACGAGAGAUUAUCCACAGGUCAGUGGAAGAUUUGCUAGGGACGUGUUGCCGGUAUUUUCCUUUUCGAAGACCAGCGAUUAUCGUGACAUCAUGUAUCCAGCAUGGACGUUCUGGGCUGGUGGACCCGCCAUUAAACUAUUUCCAACCGGCAUUGGAAGAUGGGAUAUACAACGAGAGAAAAUCAAUAAAGCUGGUCUAGAAUUUCCCUGGGAAAAGAAAAUUGCCAAAGGUUUCUUUCGGGGUUCGAGAACCUCACACGAGAGAGAUUCGUUGGUACUGCUUUCACGUUCGAACCCCAAUUUAAUUGAUGCUGCAUAUACCAAAAAUCAAGCCUGGAAAUCGCUCAAAGACACCUUGGAUGAAGAGCCAGCACAAGAAGUCUCAUUUGAGUAUCAUUGUCAGUUUAAAUAUCUUUUUAACUUUCGUGGCGUCGCCGCCUCAUUUCGCUUCAAACAUUUAUUCUUAUGUCGUUCUUUGGUCUUUCAUGUUGGCAAUGAAUGGCUGGAAUUCUUUUAUCCGGCUUUAAAACCCUGGAAACAUUAUGUGCCACUGGACAAGAAUCCCAGCCAAAGUGAAAUUAAAGAAAUCAUGGAAUUCUUUCGUCGAAAUGAUGAUUUGGCCAAGAAUAUUGCAGAGGCUGGUUAUGAGUUUAUAUGGCAUCAUUUGCGAAUGGAAGAUAUUGAAUGUUAUUGGAAACAUUUGAUGACGAAUUACUCCAAACUAUUGAAAUAUGAAGUAGUCGAGGAUAAAAGUCUGAUUGAAAUAAAAGAGAAAAAAUCGAAUAAUCAGAAAAGAAGGCGCUCGGAUGAGUUUUAAGCAAGUUUAUUGGAUUGGAAGAAUGCGGAAAUCUCUUUAAAUGUAUUUUUUACAUUCCAUAAUUCUUAUAUACCUAUACAAUAUUUUUUUGUAUUAAAGUUUUGCUGCAAAAUAUGCAAACAAACUGACUGGCGUUUUGGCCUAACUCAGGAUUAAGGUCCAUAUUCAAAUAUAAAAUAUUUAGGAGGGUCACAUAUGUUUUUAGGCAAUAAAUGUAUU